AUGGAUAAAUCAAUAGAAUUUACUGAACAAAGUAUUGGUACUCGCUUGGACGAUAUACAAGCAAGCUUAGAGAGCUUUACCUAUCGCUUACAAUAUGAAAAUCUUCAAUGGCCUACGGUGUUGGAUAAUUUUGCCCUUAUAGCAGGACAAAUGUCAAUGUUGAAUAAUCAUCUGAGGAAUGAAAAACUACCUCAAUUACAUAAUUUAAUAUUAUUACCGCUUACAAUCAGUCAGGAAACAGAUAGCAAUUUACAGGAAAUCACCAAGAAUCGAAUACAGACAUUUGAUCACGAAAUUGUACCAGAUUAUUUACGUACAAAGCCAGAACCGGAAGUUGAGAGAGAUCAGAAAGAGCUAGCGGAAAAAGCCGAUAUGUUAAGUGAAGGAGAGAAAGAAAAAGAAGUUACAGAUGCAAAUGUACUGAUCGAUGAUCUUAUUGAAAUCAUUAAUAAUGCUAGAACAGCUUGGAAUAUACAUGAUUUAUUUGAUUAA